GGCUUUUGAAGCGCUCUCCCCUGUGGUUCCCACACUCUGCCGCCUUCAGUCGGUGCCUUGCCGUGAACCGUUUUUGCCGAUCUGGAACUCUGUGUCUUUCGCGAGCACACGUGGGACCUCUGGAAAGUCAUCUCCAGCGUUCACACUGUUCGUUCUAGACCGACGUGUUUUUGAACGGUUCGGACAAUCCGUCACUUUCGCUGGUUCUACCAUGUCGUCAGCUAACAGCGAACGGUGAGAUAGCCUUCCUUAUCUUUCUGUUUAGUGCCGAGUUCUGAAAACGUUGUAGAAGCGGUGCAUAACAAGAGAGGAGGUCUUGUGUUGUGGACAGAUUUUUUUUUUUUUUAUCUGAAAACUGAUGUGAACUUUAUGAUAACACUGUAUCCGAGCAAAUACGCACGGGUAAUAUCGCGUCCUUAGUUAUAUGCCGCUUCAUCCAGAUCUGUUCCUCGCCAAUAUGUGGCGGCUCUAGCAUAGUUUUAGUCAUCCACUGCAGUGACGCGAACAUCGAUCCUAGGGUAAUACCGUUUGCAUUCGACAUCGAACGUGAAUAUCAUGAGCUGGACGUACACUUUCUCCCAGUGUGCAUAUAGGCGAUUUGUGCUUUGCACAGUUACGAGCACCCAUUAAAACAAUAUUUAUAAAAUACAAAUUUCUACUUGUUGACAGUAUCGUAGCCUACAAACAUUAGGCGACGUUUUAUAUGCUGUACGUUGUGCAAUAAUUGUUUUUAAUGUAUAUUCGUAGCGCUGGUAAAUGGUAGUGAAACGAGCAGACGACGUCAAGCUAGACGACGUGCAGACGAUGCAAUCUGUACCGCAUACCCCUGGCGCGCGCGAACGCACGGCACACAGUAUGGUAAUGAGAGAAAGCUAGCCAUUUUUUUUUUCUUCCUAUACUGCGUUUUUUUUUUCUUUUUCUUUCUUGAAACAGAAAUAAAGGCGGGCAAUCCUUUUUGUUUGUUCACUUCGUGAUAGCAGAAAUGAACAGGUACACGAUCUGCUUUUCUCGCCAAAUGAGAGAUUCAACUUGUUUACAUUCCACCCGCCUUAUAUGCACACUUUUGAUCAACACAAUUUUGACAACAUCGGCAGUCACAAAAAUGGCGCUCGGUAACUACCCAGUCCCACCAAUAAAUGAAGUUGGGUUGUCAACAUUGGUAGUCGCUAUCAAAUUAUUCGAAUUAUCGGAUUAUCCGAAUCAGAACUUCUCGAAGGAGCCGACUGCUGAGCUGAUGCAACGUUGUUCGGAGCUAGUGCAUUGGUUCGCACACUUGGUUGUGAAUGCAACUUAAAUUGACUGAAGCAUUUUUUUUUAAGAGUUUUAUCUGGGUCGGUGGAAAGUGGUCUGGAAUUUAAAAUGGCAGUAUACGUUCGGCCUCCGCUGUCUGGGCAGUAAAAGCCUUCCGGAACUAGAACCGGACUACCUUGGGUUCUCGCCGAAGCGCCGAGGUCUUUGCAAUUUCUGCUCAAAGACAGGUUUUUUUAGGUUUCGGUGGCAUUCAGACCGCGCACGAGCGGGGUAUCUAGUAGCAGACAAGAUGGAUGAAAAGAAAAGGAAGACAGACACGCUCUUUUGUCGUAUCCAGCAUAUUUACUUUUCCUUCCUAACUGGCUGUCGCUUCUUGUUUUAUUCCUCGUCACUUACUUUCCGCAGUGAACGAGGAAGCUAACUAGAAUGUCGUGCACUCUAGUCAUUUUUUGUUCAGCGCGCUUUUUUUCUGAGUCAGAAAAAAAGUGCGCUGCUGAUGCGGCUUCGAAUGCAGAACCGAAACUAACGCCGACGGGCCGAUAACUAGGAUUCGAAGUUUGAAGGCCGAUAUCUACCUAAUUCUCCUAACUACAUAAUGAAUUAUAAUAUUACGUUCUUCCGUUAUAAACAUCUGGUCUUUACAGAAAUAAGUGUCUUUAGUUUGUACUACGAAGACAAGAUGGCGCAAGCUACCGUAAAACUUCAAGUCAAAGGAGAAGGAGCUGUUGUCCACUCAAUGAGAUUGCUUCUUUCUUUACGCUUCCAUCGAUCCACUAGUACGCGCGGCGUCUGCCUCGUCUGCCUCUCGCCUUGUUUCCGCGCCCCACACACGUAUCAGCUCAGCGCCAAGAAACAACAAAACAUAAUUCACUGGGAGUGCAAUAACUUCGAUCAGCGUCGUCUUGCGAUAACAUAGCAGCGUGUCACAAUCUUUCAACUAAGGCACGAGUCGCGUUUGAGUGGGCGAUCAGCGGAACCGACAGAUAAUUUUUUUUUCUCCGUCGGAAAUCUGGGCCGAUCGCAAGCUUACAGCACCCUGGCCGCAAGUGCGAGUUCGUACUGCCGUGCGGACGUGAACGAUGAGUUUGUACGUGGUGCGGGGACGGCGCUUUGAGCGCGUACAUUCGGCAACUGCGUCGGUUGUGCCCGAAACCGUUGGAACUGCCGGAAUCAUCGUUGACGACGACGACUGGCGAACUCCAAGACCGUUCACAAAUGAGGAGCUGGAGGACAUGCGAGCUACGCUCAAUGCCCACGGGCAAGAGCACCUCCUGCAGUUCUGGCCGCAGCUGGACGACGACGAACGUUGCCAGCUGAUGACCGACCUGAGGUACAUAGACUUUGAGCGGACUUCGAAGGCGUUCAAGCAGGCGACCAACUCAGGCUCCAGCGACCCGGAGAGCCUGGACGACCUCCUGGAGCCCAUCCCUGCCGAACAGCAGGGCUCGGUGUCGCGCUGCUCUCGGGAGAAGCUAGAGGCUUACCGGAAUGAAGGCCUGCGCCUGGUGUCGGAGGGCAAGGUGGCGGCGCUGCUGCUCGCCGGGGGCCAGGGCACGCGCCUCGGGGUGCCGUACCCCAAGGGCAUGUACGACGUGGGGCUGCCCUCCCACAAGACCCUCUAUCAGCUGCAGGGGGAGCGCCUCUACAGACUCGCGCAGCUCGCCGAGGAAGUGACUGGCAAGCGCGGCAACGUGCCCUGGUACAUCAUGACGAGCGAGCACACCAAGGAGCCGACCCUGGAGUUCUUUGCCAAGCACGACUUCUUCGGCCUUCAGGAGGACAGCCUGGUGGUGUUUGAGCAGAACAUGAUGCCCGCCUUCACCUUCAGUGGCAAGAUCAUCCUUGAGACGCCCUGCAAGGUGGCGAUGUCUCCUGACGGGAACGGCGGCCUGUACAGCGUCCUGCAGCGCAAGGGCAUCCUGGCGGACAUGGAGCGACGCGGGGUGCGCUACAUUCACGUCUACUGCGUCGACAACAUCUUGGUCAAGAUGGCCGACCCCACCUUCGUCGGAUACUGCGUCUCCAAUGAGGCGGACUGCGCCGCCAAGGUUGUGGAGAAGGCGUUUCCGACGGAGGCCGUGGGCGUGGUGUGUCGAGUGAAGGGCCGCUUCCGGGUGGUCGAGUACAGCGAGGUGUCGCUGCGGACGGCGCAGCGGAGGAACGCCGACGGGCGGCUCACGUUCAACGCGGGCUCCAUCUGCAACCAUUUCUUCACCUUGGACUUCCUCAAGCGAGUCUCCGCCGGGAGCAGCCUUCAGUACCACGUGGCCAAGAAGAAGAUUCCGCACGUGAACGACCAGGGCGACAUUGUUCGCCCCGAAAAGCCCAAUGGCGUCAAGCUCGAGAUGUUCGUCUUUGAUGUGUUUGAGUAUGCAGAUAACUUCCACGUCUGGGAGGUGCUGCGAGAGGACGAAUUUUCGCCGCUCAAGAACGCGGACGGCGCCGAGAAGGACACUCCCACGACUGCCCGCCACGCUCUGUACGGACUGCACCGACGCUACGUGCUUGGGGCGGGCGGAAAGUUUGUGGACGACGACGGCUGUCCCAUCUCUUUGAUCCCAAGCUCUGCGGAAAAGUCGACGGAGAACGGACACGGCGAUCACAAGAGCCAAAAAGAGGACCUCAAGUAUGAAAACCCCGUGGUGUGUGAGAUCUCGCCCCUUAUCACUUAUGACGGCGAGGGACUCGAGGAGUACGUCAAGGACAAAAAGUUCACUCCCCCUACGCUUCUCCAGUGUCCCGACGAGGAGUCCAUCUUCGCAAACGGCGAGAACGGAAGCCGAAAAGACUGAGUCUUCGAGACCGGCCAUCGAAAUCCAUUUACGUUUUUCUCCGGAACAUUCCUUCGACGUCUUCUUUUUUUUCAUGUAGAGGCGCCCGAGUACUGCCAUGCAGCACAAGGGCGUCCUUGCCAGAUGGUUCCAGGGACCCGGGAACGCCGUAGCACUGUAAAUAUGGCAGCUGUACAUAGGGGAAAAAAAGGGUGCACCGCUUCCAGAACGGGGCGUUUUUUUAAAGCCGGCACACGCCUGCAGCCGAACGUAGGGUUGCCGUGAGCUCUUAGAGCUACGUUAACUCAACUUCGAGUUAAUGCUUUGCACGAAAAAGACCCACACGUUUUGCCUUACGCAGGGCACACCUACAGCCGUUCGUUACCGUUUGCAGUGGAGUUCUAUCAAACGAUGAGGUUCUGAGAUUACGACGAUCUUCACUAUAAUCGGUGAGAGGUUAAGAACCCGCUAAACAUACCGGCCUCGAGUGCAAGCUUUCUGCCUUUUGUCAACACGUCGUGCCACGAGCCGUGGGGCACCUGCUGGAUUCCUAGCCUGGUCACCGACCGUUGAAUUACGAGCGGGUGAAAUGUGCUCGACCAUGUCGCCAGGAACCAACCGUUGCCUCUGCCUCCUCAUUUGGUGAGCGACUUCGGUAGAUACAGCAACGACUUGCUGUUUGUGUGUGUUGCUGUAAGGUGGAUACGCGAGUCGUUUUGUUUUUCGUGCGAGUUUCUCCAUCUCUUCUGUAUAUUUUAUAGCUUUACUCCCAACUUCUCGCUUCGCCGAGAUCAAUCUAUACUCAUCCUCGACGAGCGAUGUAUCGACUCUCGACUGCCGGACGUUUUUUCUGUGAAGGAGUUCCGAGACCAUGUUUCUCUUGUUAUGCCUGGUUGGGAAGUUUUCGGUACUACAGUGGGAUUCCUGGGGGCUUGAAGACGAUUUGCUUGUUCUCGCAGUCCUUUCGAGCUGCACUGCAUCUUACAUCUGGCAAAAACCUAAGCUUUCGGGUGGUUCUACAGCUAUUUUCGCGCAUGUUUUGAGGGUGGUGUAAUGGUAUCUGUUAUGCAUCUUUUUCUUCUUUUUAGAGUAUGUAAAAAUUGUCAUUGGUUAUAUAAGAUUCUUGGGGGAUGUAUUGUGUCACUUGGUCGGGCAUUCGGGCUGCCAGACCGUUUUUAAUUAAAGUUCUACUCGUUUUUGUAAGUUUUGUUUUUAAUUUUUUGAUGCUGACGGUGGCACUGCUUUCCCUGUUUUGUGCAAUUUCCAUGCAUUUAUGUGUCGUGCAGGAUUAUUUUUCCGGUGUGCACUGUAGGUCGUCACGAAAUCCCUGUAGCUAAUAUGGCGGCCUUUGUCGCCCAAAGUGGAAAGUUAGGCUAGUUUGAGAAAUAUUUUACAUUUUUCACUGCCUCGUACAAAAUAAAUAUAUCUGGAAAAA